AAGAGAGACAGACACACACCAGGACAAUACAGCCAGAGUGAAAAGACAGAAAUGUAUAUAACAUGAAUAUAUCAUACUGUGAGCUUUUUAUACCAAUGUUCUCACCUAGCAGUGUAUCCUGUUCUACAAAGCUUGCAUACAAAAAAAAAAAAAAAAAAACAGAGCAGAGAAGCAUCUAGCACACACAGCGAAUAGAGAAAACCACAGGCCUUUAAAUAGAUGACUGAAAAAGAGAAGUGUGAAGUGGACAGAGAUACGCAGAGAGAGAACGGCAGAGGGAGAAAGAGCGAGAGCAGAAGUUUACAUCAGUCUCAAAGAAAGGCAGAGAGUGGCAACCAGUGCUACCGCGGGACUCCAUAUAUCGCUCAGAGCCGGGCUAACCUGGGAUUUACUCACAGCAACAAUUUCACAAAGCAGAGAGGGCGAGGACAGGAGGAGGAAGAGAGGACCGGGGAGAAGAGACUGAGGAUAAAGGAAGAGGUGAAGCACUCACAGGAGAAGAGGGAGGCUCAUGGGAAACCUCCUGAAAGUGCUGGCUUGCGCCGAACUUGAGCAUGGCCCAAUAGUUUUCCUUGACUUUGAACAUGCCCAGCCCACAGAGGCAGAGACAGCCGUGUGGAACCAGGUCAGCGCUGUGCUGGAGGAGGCUCAUGGGAUCCUAGCCGAACUGCAGUCCUAUAAUGGCGCGGGCCAGGAGAUACGAGAAGCCAUCCAGAACCCAGGUGACCUCGCUCUUCAGGAGAAGGCCUGGAAUGCAGUCUGCCCCCUGGUGGCCAAGCUGAAGAGGUUCUAUGAGUUCUCCCUCCGACUGGAGAACGCCCUGCGCAGCCUGCUGGAGGCGCUGACGAGCCCACCAUACGCUCCCAUGCAGCAUCUGGAGAGAGAGCAGGCCCUGGCCAAACAGUUUGCUGAGAUCCUUCAUUUUACACUCAGCUUUGAUGAACUAAAGAUGACAAACCCAGCCAUUCAGAAUGACUUCAGCUACUACAGGAGGACCAUAAGCAGGAACAGGCUGAACAACCAGCAGCUGGAAGCAGAGAACGAGGUUAACAAUGAGAUGGCCAAUCGGAUGUCUCUGUUCUACGCUGAGGCAACACCAAUGCUGAAGACUCUGAGCAAUGCCACCACCAAGUUUGUUUCAGAGAAUAAGACCUUGCCAAUAGAGGACACCACAGACUGUCUGAGCACCAUGGCCUGUGUGUGUCGUGUCAUGCUGGAGACUCCGGAGUACCGCUGUCGGUUCACCAACACAGACACCAUGCUGUUCUGUAUGAGGGUGAUGGUGGGCGUCAUCAUUCUCUAUGAUCACGUUCACCCCGUUGGGGCUUUUGCCAAGACAUCCAAAAUUGAUAUGAAGGGCUGCAUCAAGGUGCUGAAAGAGCAACCGUCCAACAGCGUGGAGGGACUUCUGAACGCACUGAGGUAUACAACACGGCAUCUAAAUGAUGACAGCACCUCCAAACAAAUCAGGGCCCUCCUGCAAUGAAAAGACAAGAGGAGAGAGUUGGAGAGGGGGAGGAAAGAAGGAGUGCACUUGAAAGAGGAGGAAAAAGAAGAAGAGGAGGAAACAAACGCCAGUGGCUGAUAAACCUGUUUGUUUACAAUGAACAAAGGAAAUCAUCUCCAGGUUAAAAACAACCUGAUGAUAAUAAGAAGAGGAAAAUAAUUAUAUAUAUUGUCAGCUGUCCAUCAUUCUGUCUCUCAUUUUGUAAAGUAAGAAAAGAGAAAAAAAGCCAGAAAAGAAAAUAUAGAUAUAUAUUAAAACAAGUGAAACACAAGCAGCAGAUGAAAAAUAGGUAGGAAUAAAGAGGAAGCUAUAUUGGAAAAUUUAAGGUCAGAACUGAAGCAAAGUGAAAAUGUACAAAAAAAAAAAAAAAAAAAAAAAAAAAAAGGGUUCAUGUUCCAGCAGUAGUCUGACAAGUAUUUUUGCACACACUUUGAAAACAAUGCCAUCUCCUUUACCCUGAAAUCUGAUCCCAAGCUAAUUUCAGGACACUUUCCUGUGCCCUCUCUCUCUCACACACACACACUCAGUUCAAGCAGAGAGGUUUUUCACAGAUAUGGCAGAAUGGCACGGCCUCUUCGUCUCCUUCAGCUGCACCGAUCUCCACCUGCAGGGGGAGAAUUAUGAAGCAAUAUGAUGGAUACACUCCGGAGAUUUGCUUCCACCAGUUUCAUUUCUUUUCUACAUCAGUGCAGCUGAAGGAAAGGAGGCAAAGUCUGUUUUAGGAUGCCUCUAUUUUUGCCCUGAUUUCUUCCACAUUGCCCCACUGCACCCCGCUUCCCAUCCAAUCCGUCCAUGAGAUAUGUGUGUGUUUUUUUCCUUGGCACAAAAAAAAUCCAUCCACGUAGUAUGUGUGUGUGUGGUGUGUGUGUGUGUGUGUGCCCUUAACGCUGUACACGUUCCAGCACAAAAACAUCUUGCGAGUCGUCUGGCUUUACUUGAACAACGUUGUUCACUCUCUCUCUCCAUGGUGCUAAUGUGGUUUAGAUAUCACAGUUCUAGCUUGUUAGAAAUCAUGUGGCAAAAUGACAGAGGGUUUCUUCGUCCCUUUUUUUGCACUAACAUGUUAAAACUCAUAUUCUAAGAACAGCUUUCAGCUUUUCUGUGGUUCUGCAUUAGUGCACAAACAGGGACAAAUCAGAUUUUCAUGACUUGUAAGAUCUGAGAGAGGCAUUCUAGGAAACCACAGCACACUUACUUCUUCACCCAGUGCCAAAGCUGAUUGGUUUACGCUCUCUUAUUACAUCAUCUAGCCAGGCUCGUGGACUGGUGGGGGGAUAUUUAGGGGAUGGAGUGGUGUAGUCAUGUAAAACAUUGCUGAUCAUCAUUUUAAUAACAUAUGAGGAUUAGAAACAUUAUAUAAUCAAGUCAAAUUUGCACACAUGCAUUUUAAGAGCGAGAUCUGAGUGUUCCAGUGUAAAUAUGCGUGAGGCUUUUCUCAACGGGCAUCUACGUGGUCAGCUUGGGUCCUCAAGGAAAACAAACAUCGACAUCUGCAUACAACUAGAGUUCUUUCUUUUAGUACAAGGUUGAUAAAGUCGUUGAAUAAGCAGGAAAUAAACAUGAAAAUAAAAAAGAUUCAAAAGGAGAUUAAAAAGAAGUGCUGUACUUUGGAUGUCUAUAGCCCUUAGUCUAAUUUAAUUUGAUCUUAUAAUAUAUUUUCUAUACAGGGGUAUGUGCACAAGCAUAUUCUGUAUAAAUAUAUAGAUGGCAUGUUGUAAAAGUUCUGACAGAAAUGUGUAAAUAAGGUGUUUUUAUUCAUUUUUAAUUGUUCAGUGACGCUGAAAUUGGGUAUGUGUUGUCUCUCAGAAUUACCAUGCGUUUGGCUUGGACCAUCGGACUUGCCGUAGUCAUAGGUUUCAGAAAUUCAGCUUCAUUAUGGCGAAUGAACCAGAGGGAGGGGAGGGACGCUAAGUGGGGGGGCUGGGGCUGUCCAUUUGCUUGUUAUUUUGUACAUUUUGUGCAACAAUAAACUUGUCAUUUAUUACAUUAA